UAUUUCUCUACCUGGCACGCACACUUGAUAAUAAAAAGGAAAAGAUUGACUAUAAAAUAAAAUAAAUAUAUAUAAUGGGAUAAAUAUAAUCGAUUUUCUUUCCAUUAUUCAUUCCAAUUUUCCAUUCAAUAAAUAAACAAAGGAUAGAGAGAUUUCGCUUCUGUUAAUUUGUUUGAUUCAAAACCCUAUAAUUGGAGUUCAAUUCGCCUUAUUCAGAUCAUAGAUCACAGCUUUCUGCGAUUAACAUUCCCCAAAAGAUUCACGUGAUUCAAUCACAGAUUCUUGAAAAGCGGGGUCAAUUCUGGUGUUUGGUGGUUUCAGUUUAUUGAAGUCGAAGAGAGAUAAACUGAAUCUUUGGAAAAAUGUUGUCAAGAUCAUAUACUAAUCUUUUAGAUUUAGCGUCUGGGAAUUUCCCUACUGUUGGGGGUAAAGAGAAGGAACGGAAGAGGUUUCCCAGGGUUAUGACUGUGCCAGGGAGUAUUACUGAGUUGGAUGAUGACCAGGCUCAAAGUGUUGCUUCGGAUAAUCCUUCUUCGUUAGCUGGUGAUAGGAUGAUUAUUGUGGCUAAUCAGUUGCCUCUGAAGGCAAAGCGUAGGCCUGACAAUAAAGGAUGGAAUUUUAGUUGGAAUGAGGAUUCAUUGCUUUUAAGGAUCAAAGAUGGUCUGCCAGAAGAUAUGGAAGUGCAAUAUGUUGGUUCUUUAACAGUUGAUGUCGACCCGAUAGAACAAGAUGAUGUGGCCAAUCAUCUUUUGGAGAAAUAUAGAUGCGUGCCAACUUUUCUUCCUCCUAAUUUGGUGCAGAGGUAUUAUGAUUGUUUUUGCAAGAAGCAGCUAUGGCCUCUCUUUCACUAUAUGCUGCCCUUUUCUGCUGAAAGUGGGGGUCGGUUUGACCGUUCAAAUUGGGAAGCUUAUGUGUCUGCGAACAAGAUAUAUUCGCAAAAGGUUAUUGAGGUGCUGAAUCCUGAAGAUGAUUUUGUUUGGAUUCAUGACUACCAUUUAAUGGUGUUGCCUACUUUCUUAAGGAGGCGCUUUACUAAAUUGAAAAUGGGGUUCUUCCUCCACAGCCCGUUUCCUUCAUCAGAAAUUUACAGGACUCUCCCUGUUAGAGAGGAAAUUCUUAAGGCCUUACUUAACUGUGACCUUAUUGGUUUUCACACUUUUGAUUAUGCACGGCAUUUCCUCUCUUGUUGUAGUCGCAUGAUGGGCUUGGUGUACCAAUCCAAAAGAGGUUACAUUGGACUGGAGUACUAUGGGAGAACUGUGGGCAUUAAGAUAAUGCCUGUUGGAAUACAUAUGGGGCAUGUUGAAUCUGCGAUGAAACUUGCAGAUAAGGAGAUGAAGUAUGAUGAGCUAAAGAAACAGUUUGAGGGAAAAACUGUUUUGCUUGGAGUUGAUGAUAUGGAUAUCUUUAAAGGGAUCAAUUUGAAAAUCCUGGCUAUGGAACAAUUGCUGAAGCAACAUCCGAAAUGGCAAGGAAGGGCAGUGCUGGUUCAAAUCAUUAAUCCUGUGAGGGGAAAAGGUAUUGAUUUGGAAGAAAUUCAAGCUGAGAUCAAGGAAAGCAGUGAGAAAAUCAAUAAGCAAUUCGGGAAGCCUGGAUAUGAACCUGUAGUUUUAAUUCAAAGACCUGUCUCUAUCCCUGAAAGAAUGGCUUAUUAUGGGAUAGCUGAAUGCGUUGUUGUCACUGCCGUAAGGGAUGGGAUGAACUUAACUCCAUACGAAUACAUUGUAUGCAGACAGGGCAUAGCUGGUGGACAACUAGGCUCUCAGUUGAAUAGGUCGAAGAAAAGCAUGCUGGUCCUUUCAGAGUUUAUUGGGUGCUCCCCUUCACUUAGUGGAGCAAUACGUGUCAACCCCUGGAAUGUUGAAGCAACUGGUGCGGCAAUGCAUGAAGCUAUAUCCACAUCUGACCAAGAUAAAGAAAUGAGACAUGAGAAGCACUAUCGUUAUGUAAGUACCCAUGAUGUAGCUUAUUGGGCAAGAAGCUUCUUGCAGGAUAUGGAGAGGUCCUGUGCUGAUCAUUACAGGAAGAGAUCCUAUGGAAUUGGUUUGGGAUUUGGGUUUAGAGUUGUGGCACUGGAUCCUAAUUUUAGGAAGCUUUCAGUUAAUGAUAUUGUGUCUGCAUAUACUAGUGCCCACCAUCGUGCUAUAUUGUUGGACUAUGAUGGGACUGUAAUGCCUCAAAAUUCUAUCAACAAAGCUCCAAGUGCUGAAGUUAUUUCUAUCUUGAACAGACUCUGUGGGGAUAAAAAUAAUACAGUAUUCAUAGUUAGCGGAAGAGGGAGAUCCAACUUAAGCAGGUGGUUUUCUCCCUGCAAAAGCUUGGGACUUGCCGCUGAACAUGGCUAUUUCAUAAGGUGGUCACAAGAUCAAGAUUGGGAGGUGUGUAGUCAGGCUUCUGAUUUUGGGUGGAUGCAACUUGCUGAACCUGUCAUGCAAUCCUAUACUGAGGCAACAGAUGGUUCUUGCAUUGAGACGAAAGAAAGUGCUUUGGUGUGGCAGUAUGGGGAUGCAGAUCCAGACUUCGGGUAUUCUCAGGCGAAGGAGAUGCUGGAUCAUCUUGAGAGCGUUUUAGCUAAUGAGCCCGUUGCUGUGAAGAGUGGCCAGCAUAUUGUAGAAGUUAAGCCACAGGCAAGUUUUGUAUAUUGGUCUGCAAGUUACUUCACUUUGUUUUUCUUUUGCAGUUCAUUUUUAAGCAUUACAACAUGUGUUUAUUUAUGGCUUGAUUCCUUAACAAGACAGUUACAUGACCUUUCUUCUUUUUGUCCUUUUGAUUGUCUUUUCCAUUUUACUCAUGUUAUUUUCCUUAUUGACAUUGAUAAAAUAUUGUGGAUAAAUAUAUGCAUUAUGGCCUAUUAACCCCUUCACAAUUAUGUGUUGUUGAUUAUAGCAUGUAUGACUUCCCAUUAUGGCUGUUGUUUGCUGGGAUCUAUAUGUGUGUUAUUAUCUUUAGUCUCCUUGGCUGUGUCUAAUUUUUGAAAGAUUACUUGUUUAAGUAGUGUGGAUAUUAGCUUAACUCCAUGAUAUUUAUUUUUUUAUUUAUAGCUUAAAAAAGUAGGUGGAGAUUUUAGCUUGAUUGUAUGUGUAGUAGUAGGGUGGUGUGAAAGAAACCAAUUUACCCUAAUAAUUUGCUAAACUAAUCAUGUAUGCUCCUUGUUAGAUGUUAAUAUCUGAUGAGAAGCUUGUAUAUUGCACAAUUUACACAGUACACAUAUUCCUGAUCAUAAUGUGAAACUUUAUCGUUUUCUUUUUGUUUGUUCCAGGGUGUCAGCAAAGGCUCUGUUGCUGAAAGAAUAUUAACAUCAUUGACGGAGAAGGGAACACAGGCUGAUUUUGUUCUUUGCAUCGGUGAUGACAGAUCUGAUGAAGACAUGUUUGAAAAUAUUGGCUCUGCUAUAGCGCGGAAAAUUCUUUCUUACAAGACUGAAGUAUUUGCGUGUACAGUUGGGCAGAAACCAAGCAAAGCAAAAUAUUAUUUGGAUGACACACUGGAGGUGAUAAACAUGCUUGAUUCUCUUUCCGAUGUCACCGAUUCUCCAGUUUGCUCUGAAGAUGAUUCAGAUGGUUCGUCCUAAAGUGUAUCAUCAGGUUCCUACUCGUUUCAAAGCUGAUUGAGGUCCCUCAUUUGGUGAUGCAUGCAAGCGUAGAAGGAGAUUAGGUUGUAGGUCUAGGGAAUUACAUUUAGUGGUUUUGUUUCCCCUUUAUGAUUGUCAUUCAAAAUUUUUUUUUUUCCCAGUUUCUUCAUUCUUUAGUGCCUCCUGCAUAGACCUUGAUCUGGUUAGGAAAAGGUGAAAUUUUGUUCGGUGCAGACUUCUCUUGUGAUUAAUAUUUAGAAGGUAGAGGGAGCUUGGUGAUGAGUUUUGCAAGGGAAGGUUCUUUACUGUUCUGCUGUUACUGUGAAUGGGAGCCUGAGAGUAUCUAUGGGAGGUCAACGGUAAACACUGUACAUAUUUGGGAUCUUGAAUGAGAUAUGCCAAGCUCAUUGGACCAAUGUUGAUCAGUUUAAGCAUCGUGGUUGUAAAUUGCUGGGUGCAGUAGAUGGUUAAAAAUUUGUUACUUGUUGAGAUGUGGAAUGACAUUUUCUUGAACUCAAAACAUCAAACAUGGAUCUGGAAUCCCUUAAGUGCUUGAGAUUUUCAUUCGGGUUGAAGCCUGAUGCUCGUGUAGUAAAAACAAAGGAUGGCACUAUGCCUCAGAACUUGCAAAUAUUACCUGUACUUGGAGUGUUACUAUCUCAUUGGAGAAGCAGGUGAUACAGUAUCAACAUGUUGGAUAGAGGGAACUCGUAGUUUUUUGUUUUUCCAUGCUUCAGAUGAGAGAAGCUAUUGGGGCUGCUGUUGUUUGAAUGGUAAAAUUUGUAACUUUGACAGUAAUAUCCAAUGUGAGGAGUAGGGAUCUGAUGAUAAGUCUGCUAGGUAUUGAUUCUCAGGUGUAGCAUUGCCACACCAUCCUUGAGUUCGUUUUCAUAAUAUACGUUGAUAUCUGGUGUGUAACUGUAAAUAUAUUGGCAUAUUGCUGCGGCUCUGGUAGAAAUAAGCACCAAAUGCGCACAUCAUGGAUUGUUUGGGUUGUCUCUGUUACAUUUUUAUGCUGUUGUAGACUCUGGUUCUGAUGCUGGUUUAUAAUGUGAUGUGAUGAUGCAAAGGCGUGUUCAGUAAGCAUGGAUGCCAUUGGCUUUCGAACAAGAUGGAUGUAUGAUGUGCAUCUCUGUAUUUGCUUGAUGUUGCUCUGUUGAUAUGCUUUGUUUGGUGUGAUUCUAGAGCGAGUGGAAUCCUUCUAUAAUACAAAUUGUGGGUAGAAGAUUCAAACUAAUUGAGCCUCCGGACGAGUAAAAUAAUUACAAGUUAUGGAGCAGUGGCGUUGAGGCCGCCAGAGAAAAGAGAACAUUGCUUAUUUUUCGUACAAGUUUUUUCCAGUGCAUGUGAAGCGGGAGUUGAUGUUUUAUCUCUAUGAUUUCCAAGAUAAUUGAUCUUCUUCUCCCCAAUCGCUUAACUAUUUAAGAUUUCCUUGAACAAACUUCUGAAUCCUCCCACACCUUACCUUCCCUGGAAUUCUUGUUUUGGUACUUUGAGGAACCUUUCAGGUUACACAGUACAUUCUCUUCUUCAAGGAAGCCCUGAAGAUUCGAAGUUACAAUGUUCCCAGAAUUUAUAAACCUGCAACUUCAAGUUCUUUUUGUCUCCAUACCAAAAGACAACUACAUACGUACGUGGCAUCCUUGAGAUAAGUGUCUAACUUGCAUUGCCAUCAGCCUGCGAUCCUUGAGAUAAGUGUGAAGUGUCUAACUUGCAUUGCCAUCAGCGUACGAUCAAACGUGGAACUAGGUUUUCAAAAACAGAAAAAAAAAAGAAAAAAAAAGAAAGAAAUUGAACCGUUGAACUAGUUGUCACUUGUCAGUAACUUCUAUCAUCUUCAAAGGGGUAGUGCCAAAAGUAUGUAUAUUAUGACCAUGCAACUAAGUCAAAAAAAUUUUAACACAUUUUCUAAGGCUGAGGAAGAGCGAAGGGGUUGGGAUCUUUUAUGGAUGGAGAGAGCAACUUUUAGCUGUUCAAUGCAAAAGCUUUACUAUCACAAAACAAAAUCAGUAUAUGAUGAACAUAAAUGCAAAUAAUAGGCAAUCAAUAGUGCCUCUUUCACCAAUAAUCUCCACAAGAGCAGGAACCGUCUUUGAAAUGAUGAAACCUACUCGCAUCUCGUACAAUAAUUUCUCGCUUUUUGACUUUGGAAAUGUACUUAAUAGCAACAUGACAAUCAUUGCAAACUCGCAAAUUCUUCAUCACUCUGAUAGGAUAACCUUCAGGAGUGUUCAGCAAUGCAAAAGCAAUUGCAAUCUUCUCACUGUGCCGUACCAAGUUAUACUCCUUUUCUUCUGCACUCAUGUCAUGCAGCACAGACCCUAUAUCAGGCACAUACCCCUCCAAUUUUAUUUCUUCAAUCAGUUCUUGCAAGUAAUUGUCAAUCUCCUUGGACUGCGGAUGAAGUUUGUCACUCUUAACAAACUGAUGAAUGCGGUUCUUUAGCUCCAGCCAGCUUAUGCCAGGUUCCUUCUUCACAUUUUUGUCUCUCAUUGCUUUGCGCAUCUCUGAAACAUCUUGCCAGCUCUUGGCAGAGGCUUGGAUGUUUGCAAGGAGAACAUGAGAUGCUGGAUUCCUAGGAUCAAUUCUGAAAACUUCUUCGGCUAUCCUUUUGGCCAUAUCAGAAUUUUUAUGAAGUUUACAACCAGACAUUAAAGUGUUCCAUAUAACUAGGUCAGGCUUAAAGGGCAUUGAUCUAAUGUAGCCCUCAGCUUCAUCUAAACGUCCUGAUCUAGCAAGUAGAUCUACUAUACAGGUGUAAUGUUCUAAUCCGGGCUUCAAUCUGUACUUCUCCUUCAUCAAACUGAAUAAUUCAAGAGCCUUGUCCUUCAACCCACAGUGGCUGCAAGCAUAAAGUAAGCUCAAGAAAGUUACUUCAUUUGCAUCCAAUCCCUCCAUUUCCAUCUUAUCAAACAAAUUAAUAGCUUCCUUCCCUCUCCCAUGGAAGCCAUAAGCAGCAAUCAUAGAGCUCCAUAAAACUACAUCCAUUUCCCUUCUAUCGUAGAAAACCUUCACAGCGUCGUCCAAGCAACCACUUCGAGAAUACAUGCUAACCAACGAGCUAAUAACAGGAACAUCUGCUAAAGCGCCAACUUUUAUCACAUCGGCAUGAACUUGCUGACCCUGUGCAAGCGAAGCCAGAUCAGAACAUGAACUGAUCACACUCACAAAUGUGAUCUUAUCUGGCCUGAAUGCUGCCUUUUUCAUAAUGUUGUAGUAAACCAUAGCACCCUCAGAAUACCCAUUUUGUGCCAUCCCUGAAAUUAGCGUGUUACAAGCAGCCACACUAAAACUAGGCAUCAGUCUAAUAACUUUCUCCCCUUCUCUAAAGUUUCCAGAUCUCAUAUACAUAUGAGCCAAUGCAUUUCCAACAAUCAAAUGCUCCUCAAGCCCUAAUUUUACCACAAAGCCAUGGACUUGCUUACCCUUAUUCAAGUCCUUUAAACCAGCACAACCCUUGAACACACUACCAAGAGUGAAAACAUCAGGUGAAAAUCCCAGCUCGUGCAUUUGGGAAAACAAACUCAACCCAUCUUCGUUCAACUCAUACUGAACCAACCCAACAAUCAUCGCAUUCCAAGUUGCUAAAUUUCUCUCGCCCAUCUCAUCAAACAGCUUAAACGCAGCAUCCAAAUCACCCUUUUGGAUAAACCCGCCAAUCAAAAUGUUGUAGGACAUGGUAUUUCUCUUUGGCAAUAUGUCGAACACCAAGACUGCGGUUUCUAAUUGACCCAACUUGGCGUAGGCAUUGAGGAGGUGGUUGGCCACAAACCUGUGCUUGAAACAGCCGGAAGUGAUGAUGACAGAAUGGAGCUGUUUGGAGAGACAAACGGACUGCUUUUCGACGCAUGCUUUGAGGAGAUGAGAGAAGAGAUUCGUGUCCGACCAUAAGACGGAAGUGAAGCUGGUGAAAGCCUCCUUGAUAAGACCUUGAGAACAAAGCUUUACGAAUUCUGGUGGUGGUGGCAAUGGCAAUGAAUUUGUGGAGAAAUAAUGGGUGGUUAAAUUGUGGAGGGAAAGCCGAGUAGUGAAUGGAGUGGCACAGUUCAGAAGUGAGGUUAGAAGUGAUCUUCCAUUCAUUUGGGUUUGGAAUUUGGAUUGGUUGAAUGGUUUUAGUGCUUUAUGUAAAUUGGCUAAUAUAGCCAAGUUAGAAAUUUGAAGUGUGACAUUUGAGAUGUUAAUUGCUUAUAAUCAACAAAACUAAAAUUAUCGUAAAUCGAUUGGUGUAAACUAACUUAUUCCUUAUUUUAGCAGUUCGAAACUUUAUGGAUAGAGAUUAGGAUGUAAUAAUCGAUUAUAUCUAUAAAGAGGUCAAUUUUACCGCUAACUAUUUGGCGCUGACGGGUACGAAUCCAGAAAAUCUUAUCAAUUGGAUUCGACACCACGAAUGAUUUUACCAUUUUUGUGAAAUGGUGCACUCUCGUAGUCUAGAGUUGAUAAGACAUAAUAAGUACUUCCUCCGUUCCAAAAUAAGUAUCGUUUUAACAAAAUAGAAAAAUUUCAAAAUAAGUGUCGUUUUCACAUCUCAAUGCAUUUUUUGUCCAAAAUUUCCAAAAUUAUCCCCAA